AUGGCCUCGAAGAGUACAACUGAAACGACGAAUGUCAGCGUGGCACCGCAUUCAACACUCCAAUCGCUCGAGGAGCUAGCAACGAAGGGUCUGAAAUCUCCAGACCAUUCCAACGAGUUUGAGCACUGGUGUAUCUCAAAGGAGAUUUCCUGGUUUUACCCUACUGAUAAGGUUCCGUUCACAAGGUUUCUGAAAGAGAAGGAUCUGAGGACUUGCUCCGCGGACCCAAAAGACUACCCAGGCUUCGUUCACGCAUGGCGUCUGUUCCUCCGCUAUUACAAAGUCAAGGACGGCAACAUCUUACGAAGGUCGACGGUGAAAGACCUGAACAUGCUAAUCGAUGUGCUGAAUAGCAUGUUUGCCUCCGAGUUAGCAGACGAGCGGUUCAUACUCAAUGGAAAGAUUGACGACGGUAAAGCUGGUGAGGCAUGGCGCAUCGAUCGCAAGCUACACGACGUUGAAGGUAGCUUCAAUCGUGGCGUUUAUCUAGUCCACAACGAGAACGACCCCAAUAGAUCCACAAAGAUCAUGAAGACUCUUCCCCUACCCACUGAAUAUCUCGGCUUCGCUGAGCGAGAGCUCGAGAUUCUCGGGACUUUGCAGCACGACAACGUUAUCAAGUUCUUCGAUGGUAGCGCACCGAAGAGCCUACACGACACGGCAUGGAUGGUUACGGAGUACUGCAACAAAGGUACGUUGCUUGACUUUGUCGAAUAUUAUGCCUUUGAGGCGGGAACCCCAGUCCCUGAGCUCUUCAUUUGGAACAUCUUAGAGAGUCUAGUACGGGCGGUUGUGUACCUGCACUAUGGUCCGAAUGUACUCGAAAAGAUUGAUCAGCAGGAGCCCGGAGAUGAACGACUGAAAGUUGAAGAAGAUGCCUCUUGGGAUGCCGUGUAUCACCGCGACAUCAUCCUGUCUAACGUAUUUCUCACUUCCAGCACCCGAGACAAGACUGAAUAUCCGAUCGUUAAGUUAGGCGACUUUGGCUGCGCCAUGCGGCAAUCAGAAGUUAAAAUUAUGGACGAAGAUCCAGAGCCAAAUCAAAUACCGGGUAUGGACGGUGCGUACGAGCCGCCGGAGGGUCAAAAUGGCACCAAAGCCGUCGAUGUGUAUCAGAUCGGACAACUAACAUGGUGUGUUGUGCAGAACGUCCAAUCCCCUACUUGUCUGGACGAGAAGGCAAUGCUGCCUGAGAAUUUCGAAACUUCAGAGGAUGCACCUUACUCACGAGAGUUAUGCCGCAUCCUCUAUUCCUGCACGAGGGCCUGCGCUGACUGCCGAAUCGAUUCUCUGCCUCUAUUACGCCUGGUCCAGAAUACGAAGAGGCGGUUGAUCUCUGAGAACCGCUUACCAUUUGUUGAGCUCCAGAUACCGUUUGUUGAGCGUCUUUCGGAGUUGCUUGGUAGUUAG